GUAGCAGUCCAAACGGUGGCUGACGUUCUCUAUUGUUCAGCCACAACGUUCUCCCGUUUGUAGUCAAGCAGAGGAGCAGAAGAGCAGGAGAUCUCCCACAUGCACCGUUCCUCCAGGGAACACUGACUCCAGGCAGCCAAACUCUUUCAGUCUGUGGUGCUGAAGUUCUUUCUCUGCUCUCGGCCAGUUGUCUCGUCCUCCUGAACGAGUGGAUUUUAUCGGAUUCGGGGAAGCCAUGGGACUUGGGGUCAGGGGUGCAAGGACAGCGUUCCUGUGUUUAUGGAGGUUAUUUUUACUGCUCUAUGGCAUCUGGAGCGCUCGAGCCCAAACGUCAGGGGACGAGAAGUCGCUGUACUUCUGGGAGACAGGUCCAUGGGGCAGGUGUAUGGGCAGCGAGUGCGGUCCAGGUGGGAGUCAGAGUCGUGCGGUGUGGUGCGCUCACGUGGAGGGCUGGACCACCCUUCACACCAACUGCCCUCAGUCCACGCGGCCGGCAAACCAACAAAGCUGCUUUCGCGUCUGCGACUUUCACAAGGAUCUGUACGACUGGAAGCUGGGUUCGUGGAACCGGUGUGUUCCCAUAUCUUUGCGGACAGGUGCCGGGCGUGCUGGCUUAUGUUUGCAAGGCGAAGAGGGCAUCCAAACACGGGAGGUAAACUGUACGCUCAAGGCGGAUGGGUCGCCGGCCGACGAUGCCAUCUGUGAGUACUUUGAACCCAAACCCCGACAGGAACAAGCCUGUCUCAUCCCCUGCCCUCAGGACUGCGUGUUGACCGGGUUUACCCCAUGGACCACCUGCUCCAAGACCUGCGGGUUGGGUCUGCAAAACCGUGUGCGCUCUGUUUUGGCGCCGCCGCUUUUCGGCGGUCUUCCCUGCCCCAAUUUGACGGAAUUCCAGACGUGUGCGCCCAGGGCCUGCGAGGGCAGAGAGACGGUGUUCAAUCUGAGAGUGGGUGGAUGGAGCGAGUGCAAACUGCCCCCGCAAUCUCCAGUGCCACCGACAGCAUCCUCCCCCGCUCCCCCACGUGCCGUACGGCAGGCACGACGGCGGAAAGGCAAAGCAAAGAAAGGAAACAGAGACCCACAGAUGCGUGAACUUAUCAAGAACAAGAGGAACCGCAACAGGUUGAACCGACCAGGUGGCGAUCUCUGGAACAUCGAAGUCGGCUAUCAGUUUCGACAGGUGGUUUGCGUCCAUCGCAAUGGAAGUACCGUAUCACUCAGCCAGUGUCCCCACUGGAGCCUUCCGGAAACGUAUCAGUCGUGCAUGAUGCCCAAAAACUGUGCCGUCAGUGAAUGGGGCCCAUGGGGCAACUGCUCCAAGACCUGCGCCGACCCCAGCGUUUCAAAGGGCACAAGCUCUCGCAGCAGACAGGUGACGCAGCUUCCGGUUGGAGGGGGGACGGAGUGCCCCCAGAUAGAGGAACGUCAAGCCUGUGAGCCCGAGGGCCCCAGGGUGCCACCCUGUGCCAUUUAUGCCUGGCGGACCACAGAAUGGAGCGAGUGUCGUGUUGAUGCGCUGCUCGGGCAGCAGGACCGGCGUCGGGUCAAUCAGACCGGCCUGUGCGGUGGAGGCGUUCAGAACAGAGAGGUCUACUGCAUCCAGGCCAAUGCUGAACUACUCAACUUCAUCAAUAACAAUCAAGACAAACAAGAUGGCCAGUCUAGAAACGGUCAGACGCCUAGUGCCCCUCCCCUCCUGUCCAUCAGCUUUGAGAUCUCAGCAUCACAGCCCAUGUACAGCCGCUUGUGCACGGGAUCCACUCCAAGCACCACGCAGAUGUGCCACAUCCCGUGUCCUGUGGAGUGUGAGCUGUCGCCGUGGGGCGCCUGGGGGCCCUGCACCUUGGAGAAUUGUGAUGAACCGGUCAUAAAGAAAGGAUUCAAGUUUAGGCGGCGAAACAUUACUAAUAACCCCACGGGUGGCGAGGGGAGCUGUCCUCACCUGGUGGAGGCUGUCCCGUGUGAAGAUCCCAGCUGUUUUACCUGGCAGCUGGUCAAACUGGAGCAGUGCGUUCCUGAAGACGAUAUGGAUUGUGGAGAGGGAACCCAGAAUCCACAGGUCCGCUGCAUCAACAGUAAAGGAAAAGAGGUGGAAAGGGAGCUGUGUGGUGAUGCCGUCUAUCCUGCACCUGCGCCCUGUACAGUCCCGUGUCCUAAAGACUGCGCUCUCAGCAUCUGGACCCAGUGGUCCACCUGUUCCCAGACCUGCUCCAGCAAAACCACAGAGGGCAAACAGAUGAGAACUCGUGCCAUACUGGCUUACAAUGCAGGAGAAGGAGGUGCCAGCUGUCCGAACAGCAGCUCCCUGCAAGAGGUGCGUAACUGUAACGAACAUCCCUGCGUGGUGUAUCACUGGCAGGCAGGUUCAUGGGGACAGUGUGUGGAGGACACCAGCACAUCCAUCCUCAACAACUCCUCUGGUGCGGGCAAAGCCACCUGCGCCAUGGGAAUGCAGACACGCAAGGUCAUUUGUGUGAAAGUCAACGUCGGACAGGUGCCGCCCAAAAAAUGUCCAGAUGCCCCUCGUCCAGAGACAGUGCGACCCUGUCUGAUACCCUGUAAGAAAGACUGUAUAGUGACACCCUUCAGUAACUGGACACAGUGCCCAACGUCAUGUGAAGCAGGUUCGAAUGGGCAGAAUAGUAAACAGACUCGCUAUCGAGUGAUCAUCCAGAUGCCUGCUAAUGGAGGUCAGGAGUGUCCAGACGUCCUUUAUGAAGAGAAAGACUGUGGCCCUCCAUCUGUCUGUCCAGGUUACAGAUGGAAAACACACAAGUGGCGAAAAUGUCAACUGGUGCCGUGGAGCAUCCGCAGGGACAGUAGAGGAGCACAGGAGAACUGUGGGGCUGGAGUUCAAACACGAGCUAUCUCAUGUAGGCAGCUGGAUGUUACAUUGGUGGAUGUCGCACACUGUCUGAGGUUUGCCAACACUAUGCCCGCUGUAAGCCAGUCCUGCCAGUUACCCUGUAGAGACGACUGCCAGCUCACCAACUGGUCCAAGUUCUCUUCCUGCAGCUCGGACUGCGUCGGGGUCCGAACGCGGAAGAGAGUUCUCGUCGGAAAAAGUAAGAAGAAGGAUAAAUGUAAGAACAGCCAGAUGUUCCCGCUGAGCGAGACCCAGUACUGCCCGUGUGACAAAUACAACGCCCAACCGGUGGGGAACUGGUCCGACUGCAUUCUGCCCGAGGGCCGCAUGGAAAGCGCUCUGGGCAUGAAGGUCCAGGGAGAUGUUAAGGAGUGCGGGCAGGGCUAUCGAUACCAGGCCAUGGUGUGCUACGAUCAAGACAACAGGCUUGUGGAGACGUCACGCUGUAACAGUCACGGUUAUAUAGAAGAGGCUUGUAUCGUUCCCUGUCCCUCCGACUGCAAACUCAGCGAGUGGUCCAACUGGUCACGCUGCAGCAAAUCCUGUGGCAGUGGGGUCAAAGUUCGCUCCAAGUGGCUCAGAGAAAAGCCGUACAAUGGUGGGCGACCCUGUCCGAAACUAGACCACCUCAACCAGGCGCAGGUCUAUGAGGUGGUGCCAUGCGUCAGCGACUGCAGUCAGUAUGUUUGGGUGGCAGAACCCUGGAGCGUGUGGAAAGUGAGUAAUGUGGACCUGAAGGAGAACUGCGGUGAGGGCGUGCAGACCAGAAGAGUCAGGUGUAUGUUAAACACAGCGGACGGCCCGACUGAUGGGGUGGAUGAUUACCUGUGUGAUCCAGAGGAGAUGCCGCUGGGCACGAGGGAAAGCCGUCUGCCCUGCCCGGAGGACUGCGUGCUAUCAGACUGGAGUCCCUGGACCCCAUGUGACCUGCCGUGUACUGGAAGAGGCGAUCGUGAGAGGACCGCCUUCGCCCUGCGUCUGCCUAAAGAGGGAGAGGAUUGUCCAGUUAGCAUGCAGACCGAACCUUGCCUCCUGAACCGCAACUGUUUUCACUACAGUUAUAACAUCACAGACUGGAGCACAUGCCAGUUAAGUGCCAACGCUGUGUGUGGAGUGGGUCUGAAGACAAGAAUGCUCGACUGCGUUAGAAGUGACGGCAAAUCCGUUGACCUCAAGUACUGUCAGAAGCUGGGCUUGGAGAGGAAAUGGCAGAUGAACGCCUCCUGUACGGUGGAGUGUCCAGUCAACUGCCAGCUCUCUGAUUGGUCAGCCUGGACGGACUGCUCCCAGACCUGUGGCCUCGAUGGGAAGAUGUGGCGCAGACGGACGGUGCUCCAGGCAUCUCAGGGAGACGGCAGGCCGUGUCCGUCCCAGAUGGAGCAGUGGAAGCCGUGUCCUGUCCAGCCCUGUUACAGAUGGCAGUACGGCCCCUGGUCAGAGUGUCGUGUUGAGGAGGUGGUGUGCGGGGUGGGCCUUCGUUUCCGGAACCUGUCGUGCUUUGUGUCUGAUGGAUCCAGCGAGGGGAAAAGCAGCACUGUAGAGGAGGAUCUGUGUUCUAGACUGGAACAGGCCGUCGAUGGGGAUAAAAACAUCGUUCUGGAGGAGACCUGCACUUUACCCUGCCCUGGUGACUGUUACCUGAUGGAGUGGUCCGACUGGAGCUCGUGUCAGAGCGUGUGCGUGAAGGGACAGCGUUUGGAUUAUUCUGCAUCGCAGGUCCGGUCACGUGCCGUCGUCGCUCAGGAACCAGAAAACAUCGCUCAAUGUCCCGAUCAGGAGUGGCAGUCCCGUCCCUGCAGUGAUGGAGAGUGUUUGGAGUACAGAUGGGUGGGCAGUUCUCAACUCAUCUGGUGUGAACGUUCAGAUGGAAUGAACGUAACAGGUGGAUGUCCUCCGACCCUGCCACCAGCUUCAGAUCAGUCAUGUGAUCCUCCGUGUGACAAGCUGCAAUCAUUGUGUUCAGAGGAUGGUUUGUGUGUGUGCGAGGAGGGCUUCACUGAAGUGUUGACUGCGAAGGGGCUUUUGGAGCAGUGUACACCAAUCCCAGUUCUCGAGAUCCCCACGGCAGAAGACAAGAAGGGCGAUGUGAAGACCAGCCGGGCCAUUAACCCCACCCUUCCCACCACAGAACAACCGGGCCGCGUCGGACGCACGUGGUACCUGCAACCCUUCGGACCAGACGGUAAGCUGAAGACGUGGGUUUAUGGUGUGGCGGCAGGUGUUUUCGUCCUCCUGGUCUUUGUAGUGUCCAUGAUUUACCUCGCAUGCAGGGACUGUGCCAUUCAUCGGUCACUCGGGACGCCCGAUUCGAACGGUACUGUGGUGUGGAUGGGGCAGGAUGCUCACGAGCUGACGUACACCUGUCCUGAGUGCCAACAGUCCGGUCGAGAGUUAGAGUCAGUUAAAGGCUCCUGAUUUACAUCCAUCACAACCCCGCUGCCUCCACCUCACGCUGCCUUAUGUUCUGUCUCAGCUCUGCAUGAGCCGCCCGGUAUGCAGCCUGUGGCUUUAUUUUUAAACUGUCACCUAGUGAGAUGCCUACAUAGGCAACAGCCUUCAAAGGCAACAUCCUAUUUGAAAAACACACAUCAUCUCAGAU